AUGACAGAUAGAGGUUCUCACGGUCCUCCACGUGGACGUGGGUCAGUCAAUGCUCAGAGAGCUCGUGGUUCCCACGCACCUUCAUAUAGUUUUUACGAUGGUGAUCGUCGUCAAUUUUUCGACGGGCCACCGCCAAGCGCCCAAGUCACCAGGGGUCGUGGGGGCCCACCACCAAGAGGAUACCCUCCACCCAAUUCUUCGCAACCGCAUGAGCUGAGAAAAGAAAAUCCGUCUCCCGAAAGAAAUAUGUCAGAGAGAGCUCGUCAAAAGAAGAGCCAUCCAAUGAAUAAACCAAUAUUCGACCUUUCUAAGGAUAUAUCAAAACUAAGCAUUAACAGGAUUGUGAAAAUACCGAGCAGACCAGACCAUGGGGGUACGGCUGGUAGAAAAGUCACAGUUACGGCAAAUUGCUGGGACUUUCAAUUCCUGCCUAAGACAGUUUACAUGUACUUCCUGGAGGCUAGUACUGUUUAUCGAGUCAAUGCAAAUGACGGCACUAAAACUGAAAUACGAAUGCCCUCAAAAGAAAAGCAAGCAUUAAUUCAGCAAGUUGUUGAUUCUUUUACAGAUCCCAUAAUCUACGACGGUGGGCAUGCAGUAUACUCUGAAUCACCCUUACCAGGAAUAAAUACAGACGCUGUAGAAAAAGAGAUAAAUAUAAAAGAUCCACUUGGUCGAGAUCAGUUGCUGUUGAGUUAUCGAAUUAUGGAGGUCCAAAAAGUAUCCACUGCGGAUAUAAACCAUUUUGUUACAAGUCCGAAAGCCACAUCUCUAAACAUGCCGCAAGAGUCAAUCAGGUUGUUGGAUUGUAUAUUGAAGACAGUCUCAAAGCAGUCAUUUGUUUCCCUCGGACGAUCUGCUUUGUUUCAUGACAAGCCAGUUAGAGUGGUCACAGAUAAACUAUUCACCAUACACAAGGGUUUUAUCACUAGUGUUAGACCACAAUGGAAGGUUCGUAUCAAUUUGGACAUGACAUGCAAGGCAUUCUUCACAGCUGGCAAUCUAGCCGACGUCAUGUAUGAAAAGUACGGAGAUAAUAUGGCUAGAUGCAGUACCCAAAUGGCUUAUGAUUUAAGAAGAAUACGUGUCGAAACGGAUAAGUUUUAUAAAAGUGACAAAGGCAAUGCAUAUUCCAGACGGUUCACUAUACAUGGAAUAUCAUCUUUGCCGGCUAACCAGCUUAUAAUUGAGGAGCGGAAACAGUCUGUUGCCGCAUACUUCUAUGAACACCACCAAAUAAAGUUGAAAUAUCCUGAUCUCCCAUGUGUAAAGGUAAUGUGGAUUUAUUGUUGUAUUCCCCAGGUCGAUCUUAAACGUGAAGUGUAUAUGCCGAUGGAAUUAUUAAAUAUUCUUCCAUUUCAAGCACCUAAUGCAACGAAAGCUGAUGUAGCCAGCGAAGUAAUUCGUUGUGCGGCAGUUAGGCCACAAGAACGUUUUCAAGAACUACAGAACUUUUCGAGCAGCAUGUUAAAGUCACAUCCUUUGAUAAAGCAAUUCGGUUUAACGGUGCAAUCAAGACCUAUAGAUGUAAGUGCCAGAGUUAUUCAACCGCCGAGUGCAGCUUUCGGUCGCUCCGGUGUUGUCUCGCUCAAGCCAGGAAAUUGGACGUCACCUGGUUUUCAUGAUCCUGCUGGUCGAGGAGCUGAGUUACUUUGGGCGAUACUUUGCGUCCCACCGGAUAGGAGAUCUCAAGCACAUGUGCAGAAAGUUAUGCGCGAAUUGCCACGAGCAGCAGAUCGAGUUGGAAUUCGUCUUAGCCCCCAACCACAUUUGUCACAUUGUCCUAUUGGUGAACUCAACAGAAGAUUUGAGGAGUUUUCUCGACGUGGAUGUGCAUUCUUACUACUUAUUCUCUAUGAUGAACAUGCCUAUCCUGCUAUUAAACGACUAAGUGACCUGCAGAUGGGCAUUCGCACACAGUGUGUGCGUGGUCGUACCCUUGAUAAACCGAAUGUUUUUCCAAACCUUUUGUUAAAACUCAAUGGAAAACUUGGUGGUGUUAAUUGGCAGAUUCCAGAUCUUAUUAGAAACAGCAAUGAACUCCUAAUGGUCUUUGGAGCAGACGUUACUCAUCCAGCUCCUACUCAAACUCAACAAGUCCGAAAGUCAGUUGCAGCGGUUAUUGGUAGCAUUUCGCCGGAUCUUAUGCGAUACGGAGUCGUAGUUCGUCAGCAAGCGACAAGUGAAAAAGGUAAUAAGACUGCAAGAGAAAUCAUUGACGACAUGCGCCUGAUUGUCAAGGAACUGUUAUUGCUUUAUUUGGGGAAUACUAAUGGUCGCUUCCCUACCCGUAUGAUAUUUUAUCGCGAUGGAGUUUCAGAGGGACAGUUCGAAAAUGUUCUAGUUGAAGAGCUGGCUGCUAUCCAGAGAGCAUGCUCAGACGUACGUUCUGGAGAAGAGCCAGCUAUAACUUAUAUUGUCGUGCAGAAACGUCAUCAUAUUCGCUUCAAGCCUUCUGAUCCCAGAGCGCGAAAUGUGGAACCGGGAACAGUCGUCGAUACGGAAAUAACUCAUCCAAGAGAAUUCGACUUUUAUCUGUGCUCUCAGGACGGCAUUCAGGGGACCUCCAAACCUGCACACUACCAUGUGCUAUACGAUGAUAGUAACUGGACAUCUGACGCUUUACAAAUGUUCACUUAUUAUCUGUGCUACGCUUAUAUGAGAUGUUCUCGUAGCGUAUCGUAUCCAGCACCAACCUAUUAUUCCCAUUUAGCUGCUUUUCGUGCACGAGAUUGGUUGUCAGGAUUAGACCAACCAUCUGUUUUGUUGGAUGGUGGUGGUCGUUUCAAAAUUCAUGCAUCACAGAUUGAUGGAAUGUUUUAUCUAUAG